AUGCUUAGAACCAGAUUGUCCCUUGCGAGUAAAAGAUUGGCUGGGUCUUCAUUGGCCAGUAGACGUAGUUGGUGUGCUGCUUCUUCUGUUAUCAAUGCUGCUUCCCCUAUUAUCAACAAGCCAAAUGUGAAUAUCAAGAAUUACUCGACCCGUUCUACGGUAGUCCAACUCUUGAAUAACAUUGGUUCUAAACGUGAAGUUGAGCAAUACCUCAAGUUUUUCACAUCUGUGUCUUCUCAACAGUUCGCGGUCAUCAAAGUAGGUGGUGCAAUUAUCACCCAACAACUUGAUGAGUUAGCUUCUUGUUUGGCGUUCUUAUACCAUAUUGGAUUGUAUCCUAUUGUUUUGCACGGCACUGGUCCACAAAUUAAUCAGAUCCUUGAAGCUGAAGGUAUUGAACCAGACUAUAUCAAUGGUAUUCGUGUUACUGAUGAAAGAACUAUGGCUGUGGUUCGCCGUUGUUUCUUGCAACAAAACUUGAAGCUUGUCACUGCUCUUGAAAAAUUGGGUGUUCAUGCUAGACCAAUUACUGGUGGUGUUUUCAAGGCUUCUUAUUUGGACAAAGAUAAUUAUAAAUUGGUGGGUAAGAUUGAAUCCGUCAACAAUUAUCCUAUUGAAGCCAGUAUUGCCUCUGGCGCAUUGCCAAUUUUAACUUCUUUGGCAGAAACUCCAUCUGGUCAAAUCUUGAAUGUUAAUGCUGAUGUUGCUGCAAGCGAAUUAGCUAGAGUGUUUGAACCAUUGAAAAUUGUUUAUCUCAGUGAAAAGGGUGGUAUUACUAACCCAAACACUGGUGAAGUUUUGAGCGUUAUUAACUUGGACCAAGAAUACGAAGAUUUGUUAAAAGAAUCUUGGGUUAAAUACGGUACUAAAUUGAAGAUUACUCAAAUUAAGGAAUUGUUGGACUUCUUGCCUCGUUCUUCUUCAGUUGCCAUCAUUGAUGUCAACGAGCUUCAAAAAGAAUUAUUCACUGAUUCUGGUGCUGGUACUUUGAUUAGAAGAGGUUACAAAUUAUUGACUUCUGAAAACUCUCUUGACACUUUCCAAAGUAAGUCUGAUUUGUUGCGUGAAGCCCUUGGCCAAUGUGAGGAAUUCCAAGCUGGAUUCAACAGUGUUUCUAACUACCUCAAGAAGCUUCAAUCGAUGAAGUUCAAAGUUUAUGCUGAUGAACCUUUGGAAGUUGUGGCCGUUAUUUCCGGGACCGAAAACGCGGUCCCAAGUUUAGAUAAAUUCAACAGCUCCCAAAAUGGCUGGUUGAACAAUGUCACUGACAAUAUCUUUGCCGCUGUAAAGGAUGAUUUCAAAUCAUUACAAUGGAUUAUUAGCGAAGAUGAUCCAAACUCUGCCUGGCACUUCAACAAGUCUGACGGUUCUUACCACAAGGAUGGAUACAUUUUGUUCUGGUAUGGUGUUAAGGAAGUUGAAACCGUGUCCCAAAUGAUAAAGGAAUUUGAAACUAAGGUCGGUGAGCUUAACGUUGCGAAAUCUUUGAAAUACAAUAGCUCCGUUUCUGGUAAUAGUGCCAACGGUUUCAAGAAUGUUAUUCAAUCACGUUCUUACUCCACUUUUGCCAAGAGAUCUCCAUUUACAAUGGCUAAGAGAGGUUAUGCUACCGAAUCUAACCCGAACCCUCCAUUGCGUCAUGGUUCCAACACAAAGAAGUCCAAGGUCGCCAUCAUCGGUGCCAGAGGUUACACUGGUCAAAAUUUGAUCUCUAUGAUUGAUGCUCACCCAUACUUGGAACUUACACAUGUUUCUUCCAGAGAAUUGCAAGGUAAACCACUCAAGGGUUACACCAAGUCUGAUUUAGUUUAUGACAAUUUACAAAUUGAAGAUAUCAAGAGACUUGAAGAAAACAACGAAGUUGAUGUCUGGGUUAUGGCUUUGCCAAAUGGUGUUUGUAAACCAUUUGUUCAAGCUAUCGCUGAUGCUGAUUCUAAUAAAAACUCCAAGAUUAUUGAUUUGUCGGCUGACUACCGUUUCGACACCACCGGUGAAUGGACUUAUGGUUUGCCUGAACUUAAUGACAGAUCCAAGAUUGCCAUCUCUCGUAAGAUUUCUAACCCAGGUUGUUAUGCCACUGCUGCUCAAGUUGCCAUUGCUCCAAUCCUUGACUACGUCACUGGCACCCCAACGAUAUUUGGUGUUUCCGGUUAUUCUGGUGCUGGUACUAAACCUUCUCCAAAGAACGAUAUCAACCAUCUUUCCAAUAACUUAAUCCCUUACUCCUUAACUGAUCACAUUCACGAACGUGAAAUCUCUCGUCGUUUGGGUGUCGAUGUUGCUUUCACUCCACAUGUCGCCCAAUGGUUCCAAGGUAUUACUCACACCAUCUCUAUUCCUAUCAAGAUCAACUCCUUGACCUCCCGUGACAUUCGUAAUUUGUACCAAGAACGUUACCAAGGUGAACAAUUGGUUAGUAUCAGUGGUGAAGCUCCUUUGGUCAAGGAUAUCAGCGGUAAGCACGGUGUUGUUGUUGGUGGGUUCGCAGUUAACAGCAAAGCUAACAGAGUUGUUGUUGUUGCUACUAUCGAUAACUUGUUGAAGGGUGCUGCCACUCAGUGUUUGCAAAAUAUUAACUUGGUUUGUAAAUACGGUGAAUACGAAGGUAUUCCAGAUGAUUUGAUCAUUAGAGGUUAA